UAUAAGAAUUAACCAAAUAAACAGACCGCCCCGCCAGCAGGAUGUAUCAAUAAAGGAACGUAGAAUGGAGCCUCUACCAUGUGCCAGCCAACACCACCAACAGUCGCCGCAACAGCAGCAGCAGCAGCAACUCGGAAAUCUCAGCAUGGAUUCGAGUCUGGCCGAUAAUGUGGUCAGCAUACCCAAAGAACUGAUUCUAUUAUCGCUCGUCUCCCAGCAGCAGUGCCUGUACAAUCCCAAGCAUCCGCACUAUCGCAGUACAAAGAGCAAGGACGAAAAGUGGGCCGAGAUUGGCGGACAAGUGGGUUGGUCAGACACACAAUGCAAGGGCAAAUGGAAGGCCCUGAGGGAUCAAUAUUGCCGCGAGCUGAAGCGCGCCAAAACCUGUGCCAAGCCCGUCAAGUGGAAAUACUUUAAGGAACUGGACUUUCUGCGUCCAUAUGCGCUGGCGCGAAACUAUCGGGGAAGAUCUGGACAGAAUGCAAAUGGUGUUGUGUCCACAGAGCCGCCCCUCACGCUGCCCAUAAGCAAUUCGUUUAGCAGCAACAGCAGCAGCAGUCAGAACUUGCACCUAACCGGCAGCAUUAAGAUCGAAGAUGCCACCGCGACCACUCUCCUGGACAACUGCAAUAUUGUUCAGUUUCUGCAACAGCAUGUGCCAUCUACAGCGUCGUCUGGGGCAGGGGUCGUCACGACUGCCACCGACAAGAAGUCUGGAUCAGCUUUCAUUACCAAUCACAUUAACACCGUCAUGCAGCAGCAACUGCAGGCCCAGCCAGGCAAUAACUGGAACUAUCUGACCGAUGCAGGAGGCGCCACGACAGCCUCCAGCAUUGUACAGUGCGGCACGCAGAAUGCCACCACCGUAGUGGAGAUUGUCGACUGCGUAAAUGCCACUAACAAUCAGUCAAACUCUGCGGCCACAACAAAGGCAACAACAGCCACGACAACGUCGGCGUCGACGCAUAAUCACUCGACGAACGCCGAGGAGGAAGAUGACGAUCCCAUACACACGUUCCUCAACAUGGAAAGCUAUUUCGAGAAAGAACUGAUUACGCUGAUACAGCAGGAGGAUAUGAUCUACAACUAUGGCAAUGAAAACUAUCGCAAUGCCAAGCUAAAGAUGGAGGUGUGGGAGGAGAUAGCACGGAAACUAAAGAAGUCGGUGAAACAAUGCCGGCUUAAGUGGAAAGCCUUGCGGGACCAAUACGCACGCGAGCACAAACGUCUGAGGACCCUGAUGCAAAUAGAGGCCACAUCGCGCUGGAAGCACUACGACACUCUCAGUUUCCUUCAGAAGUACAUACAACAAAAGGCGCUUGAGGCUGAUCCUCCACUCAGCAUGCUGCUGCCCAAGCAUGAUCUAGAGGAGCAUCUGGGUGGUCAUGGCUCCCACUCACCGCCGACACAGCCAAACACCAUGGAGACGUCCUCGGGCAGUUCACAGCUUAACAUGUCCCUGCCACCCCUGACGGGUCCACACAAGACGGAGUUGGCCAACGCGCUGCAAGAGCAGCAGCAGCAGCAGCAACAGCAGCAGCAGCAGGAGGAGCAGAACCAGCAGGCCAGGGAGCUUUGUGUGGCCAGCUACGAUGAAAUGGACAUUGAGAACUACAUUAAUGGCGAUGCGCACCACAACGACGAGGACGAGGAAGAUGAAGAUGAGGAAAUGGAGAGCACAACGGUGCCGGAGCCGACUUCCCAGCAGCAAGAACAGCACGUGGUGGGCUAUGACCAUGACGAAAGCUCUGUGUACAUGGCCGUUCAGAGUGUUAGCAAUGCCUUGACCAAACAUGAGCACCACAACGAUACCUCGAGUAAUAUGGAGCAGCAGCAACAGCAGCUGCAAUCUGCUGGGGGCUAUCAGCAGAAGCUGGACGUUGAAUUGACUUCACGUUAUCAGAACGCGGCCACCACGCCGUGCUCCACACCGACUUCACGCUAUUACUCCAAUCAAAUCUCACCCCUCAAGAGCGGACAUCUGGAGUUCCCAGCCAGCGGCAGCAACGGCAGCAACAGCGAGGAGGAUGAAAUCGGUGCCUUCUUUAAGGCAGUGGCCAUGAAGAUUCGCAGUGCCCAUAUGGAGCCGGUGGCCUUUACAGAUCUACAAAUCGAUAUACUCCGUGUCAUCAAUGAUGCACUGCGGAAUCCAUAAGAGAUCUCUGCCAGAGGAACAGGAGGAGACCAUAGCGGACCAUAUACGGUUUCAGGACGUUUCUGUUUAAUUGUAGCUCAUAAGUGUUAUUUGAAAACUGUGUUUUUUUUUUUUAAUUUAUAGUAGAGUGGAUAAUUUCGUAAAUUUCUUUAUUAUUUUGUGAACACCGAACGAACCCUUCAAGCGAAACGCCAUUGGCAGACGGUGCAUGAACUAAUGUGCUCCCAAAAUGUGUUUAAUGUAAUGUACAUAGUCGGAACAGAACCAUUUAUACGAGUAGUGUUUAAUAGCUUAGGAGGAUGCUUCCGGUAGAGCCCACACAAGUCCGGAACUAAAAGAUUUUGAUUUACUAGUAUAUUUGUAACCAAAUACAUAGAUUGUACGAGUAGCCUCGGCAUACAAUAGCCAAAACAAAAACAAAAAAAAGAAUAAAAUAUACCUAUAUUU